CGGUGGCAACCAUUUCCGCUUCGUCGUAAACAAGGUGGGACAUCCACGUGUGGAGGCUGCUGUCUGUUGGUGGGUGUAGCCGUAAAGUCGCUGUGAGUCGUGUAAGCUUUGUGAACUUAACAUGGACGAUCUGCCCGAGGACAUCAGCGCUUUUCUCCGUAACCACCCCUUUCUUCAGCUGACCGAUGGCAAAAAGAUUAAAUGUACCUUGAACGGACACGAAAUGCCCUGCAGCCUUGUGGAAAUCCAGAACUUCACAAAGGGGAAGAAAUACGAGAAACUGUGUGCUGCUGCAGACUUUAACUACAGUCAAUAUGAACCACACAUCAUACCGAGUACAAAACAACCGAAGCAGCUAUUCUGUAAACUGACCUUGAGGCACCUGAACCGACAACCUCACCAUGUUCUGCUGCAUGUCAACGGCAAGAGGUUCAAGAAGGCCCUUGCUAAAUAUGAAGAGUGUGUGAAGCAGGGCGUGGAGUUUGUCCCGAUCAGACUUAAACAGAAAAGGCCCAAAAAUUUUGGAGAAGAGGUUGAACGGGGAAGGUCUUCCAAACAGGGGAGCAAAAUCUGGGAGCCUUCAUCCAGUGACGACGACCGCAGCGACUCAGAGGACAGCAUGAGUGACCUUUAUCCUGCAUCAAUGUUCAAUCUGAAGGCAGGUGCGGUAGAGGACGGCAAUGUAGGUGAAGACGACUUCCAAACAGAUGAAGACGAUGAGAUGGAGGUUGAAGAGCAGGAGCAGUCAAAGCGAAAAAAGGUUCAAGGUGGUGGUUUUCAGAAGAAGUGCAGAAAUAACAACUGGCAGCCGUCGCGUCAUAGGAAGCACCCCAAAUUACAAAAUGGGAAAUAAAAAAACAAAACUAUUGCUGUAUAUUUGUCUUUUUUUCUCCAAGUUUUUCAUUUCAACUGGCUUUUCAUGUAGGCUGAGUAGCUCGACAGCUGAAACAGGAGCUUUGCCUUUUGGCUCAGGGCUUUCUCCACCAUCA